AUGCGCAUGACUCGUGCAGCCUUGCGGGCGCAGGCUCAAGAGGAACCGCAACUCAUUUACGAGGACGCCGACGCGAAUUCUAAUAAUUCGCUACAGGAUGAUUGCGCGGACGCUGCCGACGCGAACCAGGAUCCUGAUCGGCCCCCAUUGAAAGAUAUCACCACCGAAAUCAACCCUUCGACCACCGAAGACCCCUUUACGGACGAACAGACCGAGCCCAUGCAGAAAGCGAAGAGCAGGAAGAAAGGGCAGAGAACCAAGCAUGACAAGGCACAGUCGGACGAGCCGCAGGAACAAGGGCCGCAGCCCGAGGACGCGAGUCAAGGCCACCACAGUGAAUCUUCUGAAGGAAAGGGUAGCAUACAUGACACGCCUUCGACUGCCUCUAUUGACCAAGGUGCUGUCCGCGACAACGAAGUCACAGUAGAGGCAGUUGACGCGACCCUGAAAGAGCAAGGGAUAUCUGACUCGUCCUCUGCCCCUCAACACAGUCACACCGGUCCUCCAAAGACACCCAAGUUCGAUCCAUCUGUCCAUAAAACCAUGGAUGCGGUCACGUCAUCUGCUUCAGACUCUGUUGAAGAUUCCUUUGUGGAGAAGAUCACAUCGAGGACCCCAGGCCGGUUGCAGAUACUUUUGGAGGAGACCAAGUCUUCGGAUUCUUUCGCCGAACAGAUCAGUUCUCGAACACCUCGAAUCGAAGACUCUGUCGAAGCAAUCGAUGCUCUGGAAGAUGCAAUCGAAAAGAUUUCCGAGACAUUGCCUGCUUUGGACGAACUGAAGAUCGAAUCCCCUGUGAAACUGCAAAAAAACACACCAGCCCGCCUCAAUCUCCAGCCCACCACACCUCCGACGGAUCCUCAGAAAAGGGUGCCUGGCCAGCAACCAGCACAGCCAUCUCGGUGCCCUCCACCGAAGACUGGAAAAACUUCCGCAUCUUUAGAGCGGUCGAAACUGAGUGCUGGCCGUGAGUCUUCGACCAACCCCUCAGCCAGAGCAACCACCCCUGUAAAAUUGGCCAAGCGACCGAUUAUUGACGGCCACAAGUCCAGAGAAUCUUCGAGUCAGGGUGCAGCACCGCCGCUUUCGUUCUCCAAUUCUCCAGUUAAGAACCAUCCAAACACGAAGAAGCAGGUAGCUAAACGUGCCCUAUCCACCAGCAAACCCGGGUUCGUCCCCUCCAAAUCCACCAAGUCUCCCACAAAGCCAACCUUUACAUUACCGGGGGACGCGGUUGCGGCCAAACUCAAAGCCCAGAGAGAAGAGCGGAUGAAGCGUGAAGAAGAAGUCAGCAACGAGAAGAAAGCCUUCAAGGCCAGACCGGUGCCAGCCAAAAUCUCUCGUCCCAGUGUUGUGCCACGAGAGAACAAGGCCAGCCAAGCAAGACUGAGCAUCUACGCCACCGGAAGAAACAAGGAGAACGUUGCACCCAAACCAGCUACAGCAACCCAGCCACAACCACGCCCAUCAUCGCUUGGGCCAAAGCCCAAAACAUCCGAAACAACAAAUGUGAAAGCGAGCGUCCGUCGAACAACCACGUCGGCCACUCCAACCAAGCCACGCGCAUCGAUCAUUCACCUGGCCAACGGUCAGAAAUCGACGGUGACGAAAGAAGACGUCUCUCAACAGAAGGCCAAGGGCAAGGAGGUCUUUGCACGUUCGAAAGCCGAAACGGAACGUGUGGAGAAGGAGAGGAGGGAAAAGGAAGAGGCAGCGCGAAAGGCUAGGGCGGAGGCGGCAGAGAGAGGACGACAAGCGAGCCGCGAGUGGGCAGAAAAGCAGAAGAAGAAAAUCGCGGCUAAGAUUCUGGCUGCAAAGGAAAAGGAGAAGGCUGGGGGUGCAGAGAACAUGGCAGCCCGAGGGCAAACUAAUGCCGUGGUGUCUAAUUGA